GACGACGUGGUCCGAGUCUGAGACUCUGAAUAUUGGUCCCUAUGAUGGCCUUCAUUCCGAGGCGUCACCUUCUGACGAAGGUCUUUAUUGCUUUGGCUCUCAUCCUGGGUAUAAAACUUGUAUUUAGCCCCAACUCUUCAUCUUCGUUGGAGCCAUCAGCCUUCCAAUCCUACAACGUCUUUGAGCGCGUUACUGGUGUAGACAAGAUUCUAAAUGUCCGAAAGCACAAAUUCCUACAAGCGAGGACGGGGAGAGACGUCAGGAAGGACAUUCUUGACGAUGUCAUAGCUAAUGGGGUCACUGACUAUUGGAAUCGGUUUCAAGCACCAUUAAUAUUAGGAACGGACACCGCUCACGCAGAUCUUCAGAACGUUCUGACUGCUGUCGAGAGCUUGCUAUCUCUUAAUGGCUGGGUGGCCGCGUAUUGUCCGACACUAGCCCGCCCGUUUGGACAAAACAAGAACGUCGACGAAGACGCCUAUGAUGACCUCGCUAAUGACGACCGCCUCUAUUUCAUAGCAAUGGCAAUUCACUCAGCCGAUCAUUUCCUAGUUGAUCAACUGGCUGUCAUCGUCCAACUUGCUAAACGCCUCGGCACUUCAAAUGUCUUCGUGUCCAUGCUGGACUAUGACUCUACGGAUUCUACGUCCACUCUCACCGACCUCUGUGAAGCCGUCCUGACCCUGUUGGGUGUCUCCUUCCGAAUUCGACGCGUGCCUGGGAUGACAGAAGACGCAACUGCAGCCUAUUACCCCUUAGAGGAAGCAUACAUGCGCAAUCUCGUAUUAGAGCCUCUUCUUGAGCUCUACCAGAAGCGCGAAGUUGAAUUUCAUAGGGUCAUUUGGCUGAAGGGAUUCACAUGUCCAAAUGACAUCCUUGAGACAUUGCGUGUCAGCGAUGCGAAUGAGGCUGCCAUGGUGUGUGGGAUGGACUGGGCAGAAUCCAAUGGGCAGUUCAUAUUCUCAGACAGGUGGCGGACGCGAGACAUACACGGCGACCAGUUCAGACAAUCCACAUCCUCAGCGAAACCAGACGCAGUUCCUCCUCGAGAUGAGAGCGGCGCCGCCCGAUACAUUCAACACCUUCCCUUCCAAGUCUUCUGCUGCGAAGCUGGUACCCACAUCGUCGAUCCAGCUCAGUCCUACUACAAAGGACUCAAGUACCGCUGCGGCACUGACUUCCACAACGCUUCCUCCUCAUCAGACAGCGUACCCACACGCGCGCCCGAUGCGGCAUGUCUGGACAGCAGCCAGGCCUGGUUCUGCAGAGACCUGUGGAUCGGCAGAGCGCUGAAUGACUUCCAAGAGGACGAGGUCGUACCCACGCAUGAAGUCCAGCAGCUCUCCCGCAGGCAAGUCCCUGCUGAGGAACCGGAUGCAGACGUGAAUGCUGGCUCUGAUUAUGACGCCAUGCCGGACUCAGAUGUCCCUAUUGAUGAUGUACUCCCUGCAGGGCCUUUGUCUGUGCCUAAUUCUGCAUACACUCCCGCGCGUAUCCUGGUAAACCCCCGCUGUGUAACGACAUAUGCUGGUGUCAGUCAUACCCAGCUUGCGCUCGAUCUUUUCGGCACUGGGGAUGAUGACGAAGCUCAAGUCAAUGCUACAAAAUAUGUAUUAGAGGACUGGGAUGGCGCUCCAGAGAGCUUCGUGUGUCAGGAACAAAGGCAAACCGGAGGCAGGAAGGCAGCGAAAACGCAGCGCUUGCUUGGAUUCGCUAUUCAUGACGAAUUGCGAUAGAGCCAAUCAACUGCGCGAUUUGUAUAUAUACAAGGACUCCGUUCGGUCGUUCGUUUGCAAGCAUAACGUGUCUCCGCGCUCUCAUUCUUGAUAACGCUGUGUAUAAUUGACCGUGACACGGCGGCGACUUGCCGCCGUUCGUCGCAUAUUGUUCAAA